UUCUUAUUUAUCAAAACCACGAGCGUGGAAAGCGAAUUUGAUAACAGAACGUAUAAAUACCCAUACAUAUGCAUUUUCCCCAAAAUCACUUCUAUUUCGGCUGCCACGAUGAAGCUCUUCUUUGUGACCCUUAUGAUCCUCCAGAUCUUCUUGCAACAGGGAAGGUCAGCUACGAUCGACCAUAGUCCAAUAAAUGAUAAUAAGGAACAUGCGACGGCUGUUAUUACAAAAUGCAUGGAGACAACGGCAGUUAACGUCGACGAUCUCAAAACGGCAGUUGACAAUGACGAUUUGGGAAAUAAGGCCGUUGCAAAAUUCUCAACGUGUUACGAAGAGGCGAUGGGUCCAUCGGAAGAAAGUUUGGGUAAAUAUUGCCAACAAACUGUCGGCGAAGGCCAAUUGAUGCCACUGCUAAAAUGCUACCAUGAUAUUAUCCUUAACUAUCUCAAAGAGUUCUUGGCUUAAGGUGUACUAGUUUUUUAAAUAAAUAAUUACAUCACUGCA